AUGAGACCUUUUUGGAAGACCAGAGAUAUUCGUCGGACUUUCACCGGUGGAUUCCACCGGGUCACGCACGGGUUGCCCUGCCGGACCGAGCGACCGAGGCGCGCACGGAGUGUGUCAUCGACGUGGUCCAAGCGACGUCCUACCUCGGCCAGGGCGUGGUCUUCCUCUACCGGGCAAUCAAGUACGAUGGCUGGCAGUGCCCAGACAAUUCCAAUGUGGGCUGUGCCAUCAGCGUGUCUGGCUUUAUCGCCUCAAUGUUUUGGUUAG